AUGUAUCGCAAGCGCAACGGUUCUCUUGGUUUCUCCUUCACCCGCUUCGCCAAUGCCGCCGUCCCAAACUUCUUCGCAGAUGAAACACCCUCUCGCAUGGUUGACCUGACCGGCUACCGCCGAGAUAUGUGCUACAUGCAUCAAAUCGCCUCGGCCAACCCCUAUACGCUUGACGAGCGAUCCUUCCAUGUUGCCGGAGUGGUGGAUUCGGAGAGUGUGAGUAGGAAGGUCUAUGCAAAGCUCAAAAAGAACGAGAUAUUGAAGGAGGAUGGACUGGUGGACACGCAUAAAAUCGGGCCCAAGUUCACCCAUCAACUGGCACUGUUGAACAUCUAUCGGCAGAAGGAUCUGGUGGGAAUGCUGUUCUGGUGGGAGGAAGAGUGCCAGCGUCUACGCAAAUUAGACGCCGAAGAGAAGGACCUCGACGCGUUAAUAUCCGAAUCAGAAAUCAAGCUCACCAAGACUGAGGAGGACAGUGAAGAGAAACAGUGGGUGAAAGAAAGCUUGGAUCAGUUGAAAUUCGCGAGAGAGCGGGUGAGGAUGAAGAGAAGACAGAGACCCAGUCAGCGGGAUCCAGAUGUCGAGGCCGACAAGGACGAUAUCAUCAUGGCGUUCCAUGGACGGAGUAAGAGCGUACCAAACGUCGGUGUUGACGUGGUGGCAACAGGUUCAGAGAGACCGAUACAACAGGGACAGCCUCCGCAGUAUUUUGCGGGUCCUUGA